AAAGGGGCCCUUUCUCCCAAAUCCGGAGCAUAUCAUAUCCCACCCGGCAAAAUCACCCAGCGGAUCAGCGCGCAAGGAAGAAGUGAGACAGUUCCCCAAGUAACCUGCCUAGCUAGCUCCUUUCGUCCUCCACUCCGCCGCACGCCCCCACAGUCACACCAACCCAACAAGUUCUUCUCGAGCUCUCUCCUUCUCUCCUCUCUAGCGCGCGCGAGCACAAGAAAGAGGCAGUAGUAGUAGUACGUGCGCGGGUGGCUCGAGGCAGCCGUCGGUCGGCCGUCAGAUAUCGAGGUGGCCAUGUCGGCGUCCCCGGAGUUCUACAAGCCGGCGCCGGUGUUCUCGCCGUGCAGCUCGCCGCUACUCCUGCACGGGGACGCCGUCGCCGCAGCAGCAGAUCAGGGAACCGCGUGGGAGGAGCAGUGCUGCCGGACGCCGAAGGGAGCGGGGACCGGGCUGGGGCCGGCGGCCGGGACGUGCCCACCGGCGCCGAGGAAGCCGCGGGCUCCCGCCGCGCCGUGCCGGAAGCGGCUGUUCGAGGUGGAGGUCUUCAGCCUGCGGCUCGAGGAGCUGGAGCGCCUCUUCUGGCGCCCGCAGCCGCAGCCGCAGCGCACGCCGCCGCCAGACAAGAAGACCGCCAAGCGCCGCAGGGUGGCUCCUCCGCCGCCGCCACCGCAGCCGGAGCCCAGCAAGAGCUAGUAGCUGGUAACAGUAGUACUGCUAGUAGUAGCUCAGGCCAAGCGGUUUUGGCUUGCUGGUGCUGGUUCCAGCUAGUAGCCGGUGGUAAAGAUUUGCGUUUUUACUGCUGUAUACUUGCACUCUAUACUAGGUACUGCCCUAUUUCCAGCAGUUCCAUGUAGUUCCUGGCAGUAGUAGUACCCUAGCUAGGCUGUAGUAGUAUCUCCUGCUUUUUUACUGUAUGUCAUGAUAUGAUAGCGUCAUAGUGUGGUGUCAAGGUGCAGUAGCAAAAAUUUACCAAUAGGCAGGUUAAAAUUUCGUUUCCAGGCAGUGCAGCCUGUAUAAAUGUGUAAUCGAUGCUGUAUAUCUCUGCCCAUGUUACCAGUCUCAUUAUUCCCAAUGCAACUCCUGUGUCUCUAUCC